CCCGGCCGCAGGUGCCAGGAGCCUGAGGGGGCCGCGCCUGGACCCGCGGGGCUGGGGACCGCCAGGCGCCCGGACUACGCUCCCGCCUCUGCCUCCGCCUCUUCUUUGUAGCGAGUCCCCGGUCGGUCCUCCCCGCCCCCCGCCCGGCCCGCCGCCCGCCUUUCUUCCUGCCUCGCCUUCCUGCGGCGCGGCGGCCUCAUCUAUUAUAGAUGCUCGGCCGCGGCUGACAUCAGCCAGCGGCCUCCCGAGCGUGCGGUCCCCAGCCCGGCCCAGCCUCCCGCUGCCGCCUGCGCCCAGCCCCGCCGCCCGCUUUCUGCAUGACUGUCACAAAGAUGUCCUGGCGACCGCAGUACCGCAGUUCCAAGUUUCGGAACGUGUACGGGAAGGUGGCCAACCGGGAGCACUGCUUUGACGGGAUCCCCAUCACCAAGAACGUACAUGACAACCACUUCUGCGCAGUCAACGCCCGCUUCCUGGCCAUAGUCACUGAGAGCGCAGGAGGUGGCUCCUUCCUCGUCAUCCCCCUGGAGCAGACAGGCCGAAUCGAGCCAAACUACCCCAAGGUAUGCGGUCAUCAAGGCAAUGUGCUGGACAUCAAAUGGAGCCCCUUCAUUGAGAACAUCAUCGCCUCAUGCUCCGAGGACACGUCGGUGCGCAUCUGGGAGAUCCCGGAGGGCGGGCUGAAGCGGAACAUGACGGAGGCUCUCCUGGAGCUCCACGGACACAGCCGGCGCGUGGGACUCGUUGAGUGGCAUCCCACGACCAACAACAUUCUGUUCAGUGCGGGCUAUGACUACAAGGUCCUCAUCUGGAACCUGGACAUAGGCGAGCCAGUGAAAAUGAUUGACUGUCACACGGAUGUGAUCCUCUGCAUGUCCUUCAAUACAGACGGCAGCCUGCUCACCACCACUUGCAAGGACAAGAAGCUACGUGUGAUUGAACCCCGCUCCGGCCGCGUCCUACAGGAGGCAAACUGCAAAAACCACAGAGUGAACCGGGUGGUAUUCCUGGGCAACAUGAAGCGGCUUCUCACCACAGGGGUCUCCAGGUGGAACACGAGACAGAUCGCCCUCUGGGACCAGGAGGAUCUGUCCAUGCCCAUGAUCGAGGAAGAAAUCGAUGGACUCUCAGGCCUCCUGUUCCCGUUCUAUGAUGCCGACACCCACAUGCUCUACCUGGCUGGAAAGGGGGACGGAAACAUCCGCUACUAUGAGAUCAGCACGGAGAAGCCCUACCUGAGCUACCUCAUGGAGUUCCGCUCCCCAGCCCCACAGAAAGGCCUAGGUGUCAUGCCCAAGCAUGGGUUGGAUGUGUCUGCCUGCGAGGUCUUCCGCUUCUACAAGCUGGUGACACUCAAGGGCCUGAUUGAACCUAUCUCCAUGAUUGUGCCCCGGAGGUCAGAUUCCUACCAGGAAGACAUUUACCCCAUGACACCAGGCACGGAGCCAGCACUGACCCCAGAUGAAUGGCUGGGAGGCAUCAACCGAGAUCCUGUGCUGGUGUCCUUGAAGGAAGGCUAUAAAAAGUCCUCAAAAGUGGUAUUCAAGGCCCCCAUCAGAGAAAAGAAGAGCGUUGUCGUGAACGGCAUAGACUUAUUAGAAAAUGUCCCACCCAGGACAGAGAACGAGCUCCUCAGGAUGUUCUUCAGGCAGCAGGAUGAGAUCCGCAGGUUGAAGGAGGAGCUGGCACAGAAGGACAUCCGACUCCGUCAGCUGCAGCUGGAACUGAAAAACCUGCGCAACAACCCCAAGAACUGUUAGCCCCUUCCGGUGGGAG